AUGACUUCUACUAUGAUGAAUAAUAAUAAGAGCAGCAGUACUUUACCAGAAUCAAUGCAGCGUAUGAUUACACCUCAUUACGAGCAGAUCGUUAAUGAAAUUGAAAAUAUUUAUCAUCAUCCUGACAUAGGACUUGUUACAAUUGCCCGAUGGCUUGGUCUAUCUAUCAUGGCACCAAAUAAGAAGAUAAGUAUAUUACUUAUUGGCAAUCAUAGUGCUGGAAAAUCAUCUCUAGUCAAUUGGUAUAUUGAAGAUAAUGUUCAACGUACUGGAGUAGCUAUUGAAACUCAAGGUAUAUCCAUUAUUACAAGUGGUAAACGACGAGAAUCACUCAUGGGUCCAGCGACAAUGCGUUUAUUUCCUUAUCUUGAUCCAUUGGGAAAUAUUCCUGGUCUUCUUAACUAUUUAACUACGGAAAUAUCUUCAUCAAAACAAAAGAAAUUUCCAAUUGUUUCAUUUAUUGAUACACCCGGUCUUGUUGAUGGUGCUAUGGCAUAUCCAUUCGAUGUUGAACAAGCAAUUCUAUGGCUUGGUAAUCAUGUUGAUCUCAUAUUUGUUUUAUUCGAUCCUAUUGGCCAAGCCUUAUGCAAACGAACAUUAACACUUGUUGAACAAUUAAAUAAAUCAAAUCCAGAAAAGAUGCAUUAUUAUUUAGCUAAAGCUGAUGAAGCUGGUAGUGAUCGUGAUCGACAUCGUGUUCUUAUGCAAAUUGUACAAAAUUUAUGUCGACAACCAGAAAUUUCUAAAACAAAUUUUGAUAUGCCAACUAUUUAUUUACCUGAUUUAGCUAAAGAGACACGCUGUACAAAUCAAAUUCAUGAAGUUUGUUCAACAAUCGAUCAUGCUGUAUUCAGUGGUGUACAAAAAUCACUCAAUACAUUGCAUAACGAUUGUAAACGAUUGGAAGAAUGUAUUAAUGAAAGAUUAGUUUUACAUGAAAAAACUCAAGUCAAACAUCGAUCAUGGAGUAUUAAGUUAUCAAUUGUUCAGUUCAUUUCAUUAUUACUUGUUAUACUUUCAUUUAUACUACUUUUAAGACGUUAUCUUGAAACAUCUCAUUUAAAAAUUCCAAUUGUAUUUCUUGAUGAAUCUUCAACAUCAUGGCAAAUCAAUUCUACUCUUAAUUCAAUUGAUGAUUUUCUUUUUUAUCCAGCUUAUUCAUUAUUAUUACUAAUUAUAUUUGUUAAUGGACUUAUUUUUUUUAUUGGACGUUUUAUAAAAAACCGUCAAAAAGAUGUGCUUAAUGCUCGAGAAAAAAAGAUGUUUAUAGCAUUUAAACAUCAUCUUGAAACAAAUGUCGGUGUUAAACAAAAAAAUCUUUAUGAAUCAUUUUUGGCUGAAGCAAUCGAUUAA